GGCACCAGUGCGGGCUGCGAUAGGAGUUCUCAUCGUAGCCGUGUCCUUUAAUACGGCAACCGCGUCUAGCACUGCGUGCGGUUUCGAUUCAUGACAAGUUGGCCUCUACUUAGUCGCCGGGAUCAUGAGUCCUUUGUUCGGAAUCACGGCCACCUAGGCGAUCGGUUGCGGACUGGUUCACCGUACGAAACGGCGGUGUCCGAGAUCCGGAGAUGCGACUACCUGGCAUGGUCGUUAGCAUCAUCACGGCACCACUGGCAUUGGUGCUAUACUCGGCAUCGAGAAGCAGCUGCAUUGGAUAUGUCCCACUGCCGUUAUUGGCCGAGCAGCAGAGCUCAAGUAGACAGAAAGGGGAGGGAGGGGAAGACCCACCCCCACUCAGCCGAUCUUUCUUCGCUUUCUCUCCAUCCGCCAGGUGAGUCCGCAACAAGCUGGAAGACAGUAACUUUAGGGCGAAAUUAUUUCUCUUCAGUCCGUGUACUGUUCAUCCUGUACUUUUCUCUUCGGAAUCUCGACCAACGAGACCAAUCUCCUCUUCACCUAGUUGGUUUUCGAUAGGGGAUCAUGAAGCCAUCGCCUCAAGGCGACAACGUUCCGCCUACACGAUUUCCUGCCACAUUUCAUUAGAUAGCUUCUUAGCCAAGGU